AUGGCACAGAAGUGCAAAGACCUGCGUCGUCUCAUACGCAAGUAUGGGGAGGAUGCGGUGGCUGUGGAGGGAGUGGAUCCUGUCUCUACCGGUACUAAUGGGAAAGGAGAGCCUGAGGCGGAAGACACCAAACCCCUAUGCCUUGAUCUUGACACUUCCCAUACGGCAGUUUCCUUUGUGCCUCUACACAGCUCUGUUCCACCUCUCUCUAAUAUCACUUUCCCACCAACCUCUUGA